AUGCCCUUGACAACCGAAUACGCCAUUUCCCUGGCCAAUGUACAGGCUGCCGCCAAGCGACUCCAUGGGUUUGCGCAUCGCACACCUGUGCUCACGUGUCAUGCACUUGAUAGUAUCGCUACUACUGUGGGAGACGGAGACGCAAAGCGCCUGUUCUUUAAGUGUGAGAACCUGCAAAAGAUAGGAGCGUUUAAAUAUCGCGGAGCGUUGAAUGCCGUCACGAAGUUUCUACAGGAGAAACAACAAAGGGGAGAGGAAGGAGACACGACGUUUGUUACUCACUCGAGUGGUAAUCACGCUCAGGCGUUAGCCUUGGCAGCAAGAGAUGCCCAUUGCAAGGCUGUGAUCGUUAUGCCAAACAACUCACCAAGGGUGAAGCAAAAUGCUGUUCGAAACUACGGUGCUCAAGUCGUGCUGUGUGCACCGACUAAUGAAGCUCGCCAAGAGACUGCUGACCAAGUGGUAGCAGCGACAACUGGUCACUUUAUACAUUCGUCCAAUGAUCCAGAUGUCAUGAGUGGACAGGGCACUGUUGCAUUGGAACUACUGGAACAGGUACAGCAAGAGUAUGGCGUGACGCUGGAUGCUAUUAUUGUGCCUAUUGGAGGUGCUGGUCUUUGCUCAGGUGUUGCCAUGGCUGCAAAGUCUGUCCAGCCUGACAUCAAGAUCUUUGGCGUGGAGCCUACUGGAGCAGCUGAUGCCUACAACUGCUUUCAAAAGCGUCAGCUUAUGGGUCAUACCGGUCCUGUUAGCACCGUGGCCGAUGGCCUGCAGACGACUCUGGGCGACAAGAAUUGGCCCAUCGUGCGUGACUUUGUAGACGAUAUCUUGCUUGUUUCUGACGAUGAGAUCGUGUCGGCGAUGAAGCUCAUUUGGGAGCGCAUGAAGCUGGUUGUCGAACCCAGUGGUGCAGUAGCGACCGCGUCUGUCCUUGCGAAUAAGGUGCCGGACGGGCUCGUCAAUGUGGGCAUCGUAUUUUCGGGUGGCAACGUGGACCUUGAAAGGCUGCCAUGGUGA